AUGCAGGUGGGAAGGCAGGCAGAAAGGCAGGCAGGCAGGCAGGCAGACAGGGAGGCAGACUGGCAGGGAGGCAGGAAGGAAACGAGGCAGAGAGGCAGGAAGGAAGUAAGGAAGGGAGGCAGGCAGGAAGGGAGUCAGGCAUGCAGUGAGGGAGGUAGGCAGGCAGGCAGACAAAGGGGCAGGCAGAGAGGCAGGCAUGCAGAGUGGCAGGCAGACAAGAAGGGACGCAGGCAGAAGGCAGGGAGGAAGGGAGGGAGGCAGGUAGACAGGAAGGGAGGGAGGGACAGAGGCAGAGAGACGGACAGGCAGGCCUGA